AUGAGUGACAUCGAUCUGAAAACUCACCCAUUGGUCGUGUUGGUUUCUGAUAAUGGAGAACCCUCACUGUCAGCGACUGUGUCUAUUGAUGUAGUGGUGGUUGAAAGUACAGGUGAAAUCCAGACUCAAUUCACAAAUGUACCGAGAAAGGAGGAUAACUUCUCUGUUUUAAACCUGUAUUUGCUGAUCUCCAUUGCCUCGGUGUCAGUGAUAUUUUUACUGAGCCUCAUCAGUUUAAUAGCUGUAAAAUGCCACAGGACAGACGACAGUUUCAGCAGGUACAGCGCCCCAAUGAUCACCACACAUCCUGACGGGAGCUGGUCUUACUCUAAAUCUACUCAGCAGUAUGACGUGUGUUUCAGCUCAGACACAAUGAAGAGUGAUAUAGUAGUUUUCCCCGUGCAGUAUCCACCUGCAGAUGAAGAACUGAUCAGUAUUAAUGGCAACGACACGUUUAACAGGACUCAAACAUUACCCAACAAAGAAAAGGUAAGAAAUACAGUUUUCUCUAAACAUAGUAAUCCUUUUUCUUUUUUUUACUGAACAUGUUUUCCUUGUUUUAUGCUUCUCAAUGUUUUGAUGACGCUGACAUAUACUUCACUGUCUCAUCUGAAUGUUCAGUGAAAUAAUGGACUUCUUAAUUCCUUUACAAGUUGUUAAUACGGCUUGGUUUUUACGUGCUGUAAAUUCAAACUUGGGUGCGCUGUCCAUGGUGCUGAAACCCUUCGUGGUCAAACGUUGUUUUUUUACUAGAACAAAUAGCUGUUUUGCCCUUUGUAGGCCUGUAUUUAGUAGACCCUGGCAUUUUGAGCAGAACUUCCAUUAUGUGCUCAGAUAUAUUAUUGUUAUCAUGCUCAGAUUGUGCCUUUGUGUAAUAGAAUAAUGUGUUUUUCUGAAUUAUUGUAAGCUCGUUCCGGUACCACGUGGCGUCACUGUUGACCGUGGCUUUGAGAUUAUAUAUUUGAGUCUCGAGGCUCCUCCCAGCUUCAGAGGGUGAGGAGAUUUCUCGGGGCUUUGUUAUAAAGAGACGAUGAACGAGAGAGAGACGGUUGUCGAAGGUCACAUCGGUGUUUACCGUGUAGAAAUUCAAUUGGAUUUUAUUAAUAUAUUGUUUUAUGCUUUGAUUGAUCUCUUUUGAUCUAUGCUUGGCUCACGUUCGAUGGAAUUAUGUAUUUACUGAAUAGAAGGAGCUCUAUUGUGCCAUAUUUUUUGCUUAUGCUGCUGGAGUGUUACUGGGAAGCGGUGUCAGGGCAGCUUUCCUACUCCGUCUCAGAGGAGGUAGCCCCGGGGACUUCAGUGGGAAAUAUCGCUAAGGAUCUAAACCUCAAUGUCCAGGAGUUGGAGUCGCGUAUGUUUCAGAUUGUCACCGGGUCCAAGAGAAAGUAUUUUGAGGUAAAUCUAAAGAGUGGUGUUCUCUAUGUGAAAGAGAGAAUAGACAGAGAGGAGCUCUGUGCGGAGGAUCUGACAUGUACAGUCAGUGUAGAGGCCGUUAUCAGCAAUCCGUUGAAGCUUUAUCGAAUAGAAAUAAAUAUUCUAGACGUUAAUGAUAAUUCCCCGUCUUUUCCUACGAGGUCACAGUAUAUAAAUAUAACAGAAAACACAUUAGCUGGUGCUAAAGUCCCCCUAAAAUCCUCUCAUGAUGCGGAUGUUGGUAAGAAUACUGUUAGUAUAUACAAGCUUAGUCCCAAUGAAUAUUUCUCUCUGGCUACACACAAAGGAGGAGAGAGUGUGUCUGCUGAGUUAGUGCUGCAGAAAGCUUUAGACCGAGAGAAACAGCCUGUGAUAAAACUCACACUGACCGCUGUAGAUGGAGGAAAUCCACCGAAGUCUGGCAGCAUGGCUGUUAUAGUUAAUGUGUUGGACAUAAACGACAACCCCCCUGUUUUCAGUAAAUCGCUAUACAAAGCCAGUGUUUAUGAAAACGUACCGAUUGGAAACUCGAUAAUAACACUAAAUGCUACUGAUUUAGAUGAAGGACCAAAUGGUGAAGUAUUCUUUUCAUUUAGCGAGUUUGGAAAAGGCAACUUUGCUGAUAUUUUUGUAGUAGACGCAAAAACUGGGAUUGUUACAAACAAAAGAAAUAUAGAUUUUGAAGAAAACAAAGCUUUUGAAAUCCGUCUUCAAGCAAAUGAUGGGGCCAACUCUCCGAUGACAUCUCACUCCAAAUUGUUGAUUGAAGUAUUAGACAUCAACGACAAUGCCCCUGAGAUCACUGUGGCAUCACUCUUAGACACAGUGAUGGAGGACGCUAAGGUUGGCACUGCCAUUGCCAUCGUGUCAGUUCUCGAUAAAGAUGGUGGACAAAACGGAGUUGUCCAUUGUGAUGUUCAGAAUAAAGUCCCUUUUAAAUUGGAAACAAACUAUAAAAACUAUUAUUCAUUAGUUGUAGAUGGUCCUCUAGACAGAGAGAGCGCUUCUCAUUACAAUGUUACCAUCGCAGCUACGGAUGAAGGGACUCCACCUCUCUCCAGCACCAGCGUUAUUACUGUACACGUUUCUGAUGUGAAUGACAACGCUCCUCGCUUCUCAGAACCCGUGAUUAAUGUUUAUGUGAAAGAGAACAGUGAGGUAGGAGAUGUCAUUAAAACCGUGUCUGCAGUUGAUGCUGACGUCAAUGAAAAUAGUCAGGUGACCUACUCAUUCUUAGAGAGUAAAAAAAACUCAGUACCGCUAUCUACAAUGGUCAAUAUCAACUCAGUCACUGGAGAUAUAGUCAGCCUGCAGUCUUUUAACUAUGAGGAAAUAAAAACUUUCCAGUUUAAAGUUCAGGCCACAGACUCUGGUGUUCCUCCGCUUAGCAGCAACGUGACAGUGAACGUUUUUAUCCUGGAUGAGAAUGACAACCGUCCUGGGAUUCUCGCGCCCUAUUCUGAGCACGGCUCCGUUAACACUGAGAACAUUCCCUAUUCUGCUGAAGCGGGCUACUUUGUGGCCAAGAUCAGGGCUGUAGACUCCGACUCUGGCUACAAUGCGCUGCUUUCUUAUCACGUCUCUGAGCCGAAGGGAACCAACCUCUUCCGAAUCGGAACCAGCACCGGGGAACUAAGGACUAAGAGGCGAAUGAGUGACAAUGACCUGAAGACUCACCCGUUGGUCGUGUUGGUUUCUGAUAACGGAGAACCCUCACUGUCAGCGACUGUGUCUAUUGACGUAGUGGUGGUUGAAAGUGCAGGUGAAAUCCAGACUCAAUUCAGAAAUGUACCGAGAAUGGAGGAGAGCUUCUCUGAUUUAAACCUGUAUUUGCUGAUCGCCAUUGCCUCGGUGUCAGUGAUAUUUUUACUGAGCCUCAUCAGUUUAAUAGCUGUAAAAUGCCACAGGACAGAAGACAGUUUCAGCAGGUACAGCGCCCCAAUGAUCACCACACACCCUGACGGGAGCUGGUCUUACUCUAAAUCUACUCAGCAGUAUGACGUGUGUUUCAGCUCAGACACACUGAAGAGUGACGUAGUGGUUUUCCCCGCGCCAUUUGCACCUGCAGAUGCAGAACUGAUCAGUAUUAAUGGAAAUGACACGUUUAACAGGACUCAAACAUUGCCCAACAAAGACAAGGUAAGACAUAAUGUUUUCAAUUAGUACAUCAAUAUUUUGUUCUCCUGUCAUUUACUGAGCAUUUACUCUGCUUUCUUGUGCAUUUUAAGGUAUUUUUGAUGGUGUGGUCGUUAAUGUACAUUUUACUGCCUAUGUAAGUUGUAAAAAUGCCGUUUUAUUUACCUGUUGUAAACAGAAACACCAAUGUGCUGUCCAUGGUGCUGAAACGAAAAAUUGUAUUUUUCUUGGUGUUUGAACUAAUGAAGUGAUUGCGCUUAGUACAUUUAUUAGAACUACUGAUAUGAACUUACACAUGUAAUCAGAUAUUAUGAUCAUUAGCCUUGACUUGUGUCUGGGUUUUCUGGAAUGUAAUGUCAUCUAAGCUCAUAUAUCCAUGCGUACAUUCCCCACGUGGCGUCACUGUUGACCGUGGCAAUGAGAUAUUGUAUUUGGUGUCUCCAGGCCCCUCCCAGUUUCAGAGGGUGAGUACAUUUCUCGGGGCUUUGUUACAAAGAGACGCAGGAUGAGAGAGAGAGACAGAGACUGGUCGGAGGCCACAUCAGUGUUUACCGUUUAUAAAUUCUGGAUUUGAAACGUAUUUCUCGAAGCUUUGAUUGUUUGACAGAUAUUCGUAUCUUUGGAUCUAUGCUUUGCUCAUGUUCGAUGGAAUUAUGUUUUUACCGAAUAGAAGGAGCUCUAUUGUGACGUAUUUAGUGCUUGUGCUGCUGGAGUGUUACUGGGAAGCGGUAUCCGGGCAGCUCUCCUACUCGAUCUCAGAGGAGGUAAACCCGGGGACUUCUGUAGGAAAUAUCGCUAAGGAUCUAAAUCUCAAUGUCCAGGAGUUGGAGUCGCGUAUGUUUCAGAUUAUCACCGGGUCCAAGAGAAAGUAUUUCGAGGUAAAUCUAAAGACUGGUGUUCUCUAUGUGAAUGAGAGAAUAGACAGGGAGGAGCUCUGUGCAAAUGCGCCUAAAUGUACAGUCAGUGUAGAGGCCGUUAUAAACAAUCCGUUGAAACUCUACCGUGUAGAAAUUCAUAUUUUAGAUGUUAAUGAUAAUGCUCCAUCUUUCCGAGCCAAAUCACAAACUAUAGACAUUGCUGAAAACACUUUUCCAGGGGUACGAUUUCCGUUGUUAGACGCAUCUGAUGUAGAUGUUGGAAAGAAUGCUCUCAAUACAUACAAACUUGGCCCUAGCGAGCAUUUUUCCUUAGCGGUGCACAAAGGGGGUGAGAGUGUGUCUGCUGAGUUAGUGCUGCAGAAUGCUUUAGACCGAGAGAAACAGCAUGUGAUCCAGCUCACACUGACCGCUUUAGAUGGAGGAAAUCCAGCAAGGUCAGGUACAUUGGAAGUAAUAGUUAAUGUUCUGGAUAUUAAUGAUAACGCUCCAGUUUUCGCUACGUCAUUGUAUAAGACACUUAUUAUUGAAAAUACACCAAUAGGAACAACUGUCAUAACUUUAAAUGCGACAGACUUAGAUGAGGGUACGAAUAGUGAAGUUGUUUACUCUAUCAGCAAAAAUGAGAAGGAUCAUAUCCUCGAGAUUUUCGAUAUUGAGCCAAAAACGGGGACAAUUACAGUUAAAGGUAAAAUUGACUUUGAAGAACAUACUGCAUUUGAGAUCCGUGCACAGGCAAGCGAUAGAGGCCAGCCCCCAAUGGCAGCACACUGUAAAGUGCUGGUCGAAGUGGUGGACCUCAACGACAAUGCCCCUGAAAUUACUGUGAGGUCACUCUUAGACACAGUGAAAGAGGACGCUAAGUUUGGCACUGUCAUUGCUCUCGUGUCAGUCCUCGAUAAAGAUGGUGGCAAAAACGGGGUGGUACAUUGUAAGGUUAUGAAUAAGGUCCCCUUUAAGUUAGAGACCAACUAUAAAAAUUAUUAUUCUUUAGUGGUCGAUGGGCAUCUUGACAGAGAGAGUGCGUCUCAGUACAAUGUCAACAUCACAGCUACGGAUGAUGGGACCCCGCCUCUCUCCAGCACCAGCGUUAUUACUGUACACGUUUCUGAUGUGAAUGACAACGCUCCUCGCUUCUCAGAACCCAUGAUGAAUGUUUAUGUGAAAGAGAACAGUCCGGUAGGAGAUGUAAUUCAAACCGUGUCUGCAGUUGAUGCCGAUGUCAAUGAAAAUGGUCAGCUGA